AUGCUAAGCGUGGAUUCGGGAAUUGGUGGAGACACCUUCCCACCAUCUAAAUGGUUCGUCACCACGAAUUCCACCUACCCCUCUUCCAACUCGACUUCUUCAAACUCUACUAGCGAUUGCACCCAAUUCACAUCGAACACUGGCUUUAGUCCAGUGGAGGUCUUACCUCCACAGUCCGUUGUUGCCAGCGGCACCCUCGACUUCUCAAGUCCAGCUCUUUUUGAUGCCGCAUUCAAACAAGUGGCAGCAGUGGCGGCAACCGCGACUCCUUCUGCUUCCUCUGAUGUCUCAAGAGGGGGGUUGUCAGACCACGGCGCCACCUCCGGACUGCUCCCUUUACUCUGGCCGCCCUCUUGGCCCAACACCGCUGAUUGCAGUCCGUCUACAGAAACACCACAACUGCAUUUUCGCCCAGGUGACAAUCGUCAGCACCAGAUCGCCCUCACAUCACGUUUUGAGGCUGCUCUCCGGCAGCAGCAACAGCAGCAAUCCCGACAGGUCUGUAAUCGCCGCAAAGCUGAAUCAAUUUGCUUCUCCUCCACGGCUUGUCUCAACUCGGCGCUCCUACCAUCCAGCAAUACCCUAAAGUCGCACCCACUGACUAUUAAUGUUGGGCAAUUGGGCUCUCCACCACCCCCCUCCCUGCCCGUCGAUCUUUGCCAGCCGCUCUCCAAGUCAUAUGCCAACACACCGCAGAAAUUCCCCAGAGUAUGA